GAAAGAUGACAUUUAAAAAUCACAAACAUGGCGUCACUGAGUAAAGCCGAUUGGUACAAUCCUCCUCCUUUUUGGCAAAAUGGACCCACACCAGGUGGUUAUUACAGUUUUCCAUAUAAUAACCCAACUCCUAAAGAAGGUGGAGUUCAACAUUUACAUACACCCGUAACAACCGGAACAUCCGUUGUGGGAAUUUGUUUCAAAAAUGGAAUCGCAAUUGCCGCCGAUGUUUUGGGUUCCUAUGGUUCCUUAGCUAGGUACAGAUCACUAGAGCGAGUUAUGAAAGUUAAUGAUAAUAUUAUGCUUGCCGCUGGUGGCGAUUAUGCAGAUUUUCAAUAUCUUAAAAAUAUCAUUGACCAAAAAAUUCUUGAAGAGCACUGCGUUGAUGAUGGUUUUACAUUGAAACCAAAAUCUUUACACUGUUGGCUAACACGUGUUAUGUACAAUAGACGAUCAAAGUUCGAUCCUCUUUGGAAUAAUUUCCUCAUUGCUGGAUUCGACGAUGAUAAGCCAUUUUUAGGCACAGUUGAUCAUUUGGGUGUUGCAUUUUCUGAUCCUGUAAUUGCGACUGGUUACGGUGGAUAUUUAGCAUCGCCAUUGCUUCGUGAUGCUCACGAAAAAAAUAAGGAUAUGAGCGAAGAGGAGGCCGUUCAACUUCUCAAUAAAGCAAUGCAAAUUCUAUUCUACAGAGACGCUCGAUCUUUUCCAAAGUAUCAUUUGGGCAUAAUUACGAAGGAGAAAGGAAUAGAAAUUAAAGGACCACUGACUAUUGAAAGCGAUUGGGGAGCAGCUCUUAUAGGAAAAUCUUCGUAAAAUGAUGACUAUACCCUCUUUUUAUAAUUCAAAGUUAAUAAAGGAAAUUCUUACUAAA